AUGAAAGUAAAAUAGCUGUGUAUUAAUUCGUAUAAGCCUCCAGUUUAAUCUUAAAACUGGGCGUAGAGCUUAUUUUUGAACCUAUAUAGAUGCAAUUCCUAAUAGAUUUCUCGCCAUUUGCAUAGACUAAAAGUCAAUAAUGUGGUGAAGGGUGGCUAGAGCUUUAUCUUCGGAGAGGAGAAAGUUGGGUUGGCAGUUGGAGUAAAGGGUUCCUGUUACAAUGCAGGAGGAGAAGUAGUGAGGAAAGCAAGAUAAUAUGGCUUUGGCACAGUUGUAUUGACUCAAAAUGAAUUAAACAUAAAAGAAACAUCUUAAGUAAUUUCUGGGUUGAUACAAGCCAAUUACAAAUAUAAGUUGUUAGGAGAUGUUGCAUAGGAGAAAUAGCAAAGUGAUGAAAAUAAUGAUCAAUAUACUUAUAUUUCUGACUUGCACGUUUAAGAAAAUAUUUUUGAGGAUCCCUACUUUUAACAAUUGGUUUAACUGGCUUAAAUAAAGUUGUACGCAAGAGAUUUGGCGAAUACAAGGCAAGAAGGAACACCCCAAUUCUUUGUGAAUGAAGUAAAAACGCUAUUUAAAGAUAAUCCCAAUGUUGAGAUAAAAAUCUUAGAAGGCUAAUAAUUACAAGAAAGUUAAUUGAAUCUCUUUUAUGCAGUUGGACAAGGAUCCAUUCACCCACCGACCUUAAUCAACUUGACAUAUAGGGGCAAUAAGGAUUCUCAGCAUUUGCAUGCCUUGGUUGGUAAAGGAAUUACCUUUGACACUGGAGGUUUACAUUUAAAGUCUUACGGCAACAUGGAAACCAUGCACCUUGACAAAUCUGGAGCAUGCAAUGUGUUGGCUGCUUUCAAGGGAGCUGUAGACUUGAAAUUAAAAGUCAAUGUGACAGUCACUUUGGGAAUGGCUGAAAAUGCCAUCUCAAAUACAGCUUAUAAACCAUCCAAUAUUUUCAGAAGUCACAAGGGAUUAACAGUAGAAAUCAAUAACACAGAUGCUGAAGGACGUUUAGUGUUGGCUGAUUGUUUAAGUUGGACAUAGGCUACUCAUAAUCCAACUUCCAUUUUGGAAAUAUCAACUUUAACAGGUGCUUGUGCAGCAGCUUUAGGAGAAAACACAGGAGGAUUGUUCAGCAACAAUGACGAAUUAUCAUAGGAACUGUUGGAAAUAGGGAAGGAAUUGUAAGAACCAUUUUGGAGACUGCCUGUGACUGAUGAACAUAAGGAUAUGAUGAAGGGUCAAUUUGCAGAUUUAUGUAAUAUUGGAAAAGCCAAGGUUUGCGGAGCUAGUAAGGCUGCAGCCUUUUUAUUCAAUUUUGUGGAUGAGAAAACACCCUUUGCUCAUCUUGAUAUUGCAGGGCCUAUGGAUAGCAAGGCAGACAAAGGUAUUCAUCCACCAGGAGCCACUGGUUUUGGUACAUAAGUGCUAUUAAAGUACCUUGUAAACAAGUAGGAAUGA